UGCCCCAUCGUUGGUGUCAGUGGGGGGAGGAAUAGUGCCCCAUCGUUGGUGUCAGUGGGGGGAGGAAUAGUGCCCCAUCAUUAUUAUCAGGAUAAGGGUGUGGAACUCACUUCCACAAUUGGUGGUGGUGUCAGUGGGAAGUAUUGAUAGU